GCGAAAAAUUAUUCAUAGGUUCAAGCCACAAGUUCCCCGCAAUGAGCAGCAGCAAUACGAACUCCGCAUUGCCAUCGACGGAGCACGACCUUCUUCUCGAUAAACUAGAGGUAUUCAAGGUUCAAGACCACCCUGAGAAGCCCGGCCGCAAGAUCCUCCGCAUCAUCGGCAAGUUCUUCCCGGCUAAGGUUUUGAAGGGUGCGGAAGGAAAGGAAGCGCUGAAGAAAUAUUUGGAGAGGAGGAUCUUUCCUGAGAUCGGAGAGGCGCCGUUCUGCAUCGUGUACGUGCACACGUCCUUUAAUCGACCGGAUAACUUUCCCGCGUUUUGUUCAUCCGAUCGAUCUACGAAUCUUUGCCUGCCGCCGUUAAGGACAGCCUGGAGGUCGUUUAUUUCGUUCAACCCGGCCUCUGGGCCCGUCUCUUCUUCGCUACAUUCGGCCGAUUUCUCUUCAGCGCCGGCACGUGUGUUUCAGGAUAAGCUGGUUAUCCUGAACGCGACCUGUAGGCCAGCCGCAAGGGUCGACAUGCGGUCUGAAUUUAGUAUAAAAACUCAAACGUAUUUUCGAAUUAGCUGAUGAAACGCGCAAAUCAAACAGUACGGAAAACGCCGCUCGCACUUAUAAG